GAGGCAGCAUGCGGGGACGAAAAUCCCCUACGCCAGGGCUUGGUGGGAAGUUUUCAGGUGGAAGUACUAGCUUCUGUAGCGACAGAAAAGACAAAUACGAACUCACGAAAUGAAUGGGAAAAGCUAGCACCCUCGAACCCUCGCAAAAGAAUUGCUUUAUUUUCCUUUGUAGGUCGUGUAGUAGUCUAUAUUUAGUUAAAGGCGAACGCUCCUUGUUCUUCUUCAGGUUGUUCAGAGGUCAUCUUUUCAAGUGCAUACACAGACAUGGUAGAGGCUUGACAAGCGACGUGAAGUAGAAAACGAACCGCAGAGAAGGUUUUGAAGCUUCCAGGACCAGGUGGAGCUGUCACGAUCAUUACUAUUGGUUUGCAUUUCGCACUUUUUUUUAUCGCUAUCUCUCGUGCUGCUGCCGAAGCUAAAAAUGCGGCUUCCACCUUCUAAGAGAGUUGCUUCUUCUUUGUGCACGAACAUGCGCAUUUUUCAGAAGAAGAAGUGCAGAACGAGGUCGAUCGCUCCUGUUUUUUCCUCUGAGAACUUCCCACCUGUUACAACUGCUAUACUCCUGUACGGCGUGGUGGUGGCCGAAGUUUAUGAUACCGACGACAUCGCCACCCUACCUAUGUUGCCUGCGCCCCACCGCGUCGGAGCUUCGCUGCCAGCAGCGGCAGCCUCUGCGUCACGCACGAUAGCGCGAAAAAUCCUCUACUUUCAUAGUGGCGAAAAGGCCACGACCAAGCAGCCAGCACCAGCCUAUUCAUUGCAAAUAUGUCUGGUUCAGGAAAGUAAGGUGGCACUUGUGAUGCGCAUUUCACAACACACAAAAAUCUGCCAACAUGCACAGAGGACAGAAAAAGUUGCUCGUUGAUGUCACCGACAAAACAGGCGAUUUUCCAUGCGGGUUAGGCAUCGACGGGCCCUCUCAAAAACUGUAAUGCUAGAAAUUGCAUGCCAGACGAGACCUUCUGUUUCUGGGCCACGAAAGAUAAAUAGGCAUGGAAAAAAUCUGCAUCCUUCCAGACGACCCAGACAAAUAUGCGUUUGAUACCGCCACCCGAGUGCUUAUUGGCUACGAAAUUCUGGAUGCCCAGCAUGGCCUGCUUCCCUUUGUCAUACCCGCGGCCCAAGUUCGCCGCACCUUACGGAUUCGUCCCCGGGUUCGCGCUUUUCUUCGUCGCGCCUCACGUUACUGGUCGCUGGUGCGCCAAUAUGGGUGGAUUCUCAGACGUUACAUGCUCAAGCGAUUUGUCAUGCAGAAUUACUAUCACGCUUCACGCGAUCAAGAUUUGUCGCGAUGGCAACUUAUCGACGCACUAAAUAGCUUUGGAACCGCACCAAAUCUGUAGUAUAUGCACGACGCGGGCGCUCCCCUCUUUUCUUGCCAUUCUCGUAUCACUAAAAAAUCAUACUUAUGAACAGAUCCGAGUGUUGUAACGCUUGAGAACGCCAUAGCCAAGUGUCAAAAGCUGUGGCUGUGGAUUUUGGUUGAAGAGCAGACACA